AUGGCUUCUGAACCUUCUGCAAAGUCGACCCUCGAGGAAGCUUCAACCCCAGUGCAAUCCAAACGACCAACUCCAAAGCACAAAUUUGAGCAUGAGAAGGCUAUAUGCAGUUUCGUCUUCUUGCACGACGGAGUCCACAUCGUGAGCGGUUCUGCAGAUGGCACGAUGCGGAAGUGGAACUGCAACACAGGACUUCUUGUCGGUAAACCCUGGGGAGGGAAGCUUCGUGCAGUUACAUUUGCGCUGACGCUUUUACCGGACGGCGAGACGAUUGUGUUCUGGAGGGAUUAUGGCGGAAGUGUUCAGCUGUGGAACACAGAUGGAAAGAUGAUCAAGGGUGAUUGGACGGGUCAUCUCAACGGGGUGUGGUCAGUGUCGUGGUCCCCCAGCGGAGACCAUAUUUCCAGCGGAUCAUAUGACGGAACGAUCUUUAUUCGAAAAGCGAAAAGUGGAGAAGUCGAGGUGGGGCCGAUUGAGACGAAGCAGGACAUGGUGGAAUGUCUUGCGUACUCACCUUCCGGCGACAGAAUUGCAUCAGGUGGAAUGAACUGCACCAUCUGCAUCUGGGACACGAAGGCCGGCGAGCUUGUUGUUGGCCCUAUCAGAGACCUUGGGAUCGUUGUCACGUCGGUGGUGUGGUCGUCGGACAGCACAAAAAUCUAUUCCGCCUCCGACAGUUUUGCACGUAUUUUUGAUAGUGUCUCAGGCGCGCUACUCCAUCGCUUCGAGCACGACUAUCCAGUGAAUUGUGUCGCACUUUCACCCAAAAACAAUGUCCUGGCCUAUGGGACACAAGCUGCGGGGUCCCUUCAGCCACUCGGCCAGCCAUUUCACCAGGAUGAUCGCGAACACCUUCGCUGUGUGUCGUUCUCUCGAGACGGGAGUUACCUGGCAUACAGCGGAGACGACGGGAAAGUCACUCUGUGGAUGGUCAAAGACAUAGCUCCUGAGUUUGUGGUACCCAUACUUCAAGCUACACAGCAGGAAACUCGGCCCAAGUCCUUAUCAUCGUUAAGUUGCCUCGACGCCGAUACUACAAAGCCAUCAGGGAGUAAUGACAUCAUUGAGGAGGUGCACGAUGACCCUUAUAACAAAUUUUUCAGGCCUGCAGUAACCGCACCCAAGCAGCUGGCAGCAGAAGGGAAGGUCCAAGCAGGAGAAGAUAACAAGGAAGGUGAAAGGAAUGAUGAUUUCUCUGCGAAUGCUCCGCUUGACGCCAGUAAAAACCCAAUGACCAGUGAUCCCACUCCCUCCGCCGAGGACAAUCGCAACCUCUGGAAAUGGCUGACGCGUGCUCAAGGGAAAGAGUUGACUUCUGCCAAAAUGGCUCCGGCAAUGAAACGUGCUGAGAUCGUUGAAGUGUAUGCUGUGCGCGGGUUCCAGAGACUUGUUGCAAUGAAGCGAGCACACAAGAAAAAACCAUUGGCAGCAACAAGUAGCACUCUUCCCGCUGCAGUACACACAAAUUGUUAUUCACAAGCGGGUGCUACAUCCCAAGGUGGUCCUAUUACAGUUGGGAACAUCUUCGCAUGCUACGUCAGGACCACCAUCUGCGCCAAUUCUCGCUGGAGAUGGAGCUCGAUACUCGCAAGGCGCUGCGGGUUCAUGAUCACACGCUCCCCCAUCGCACUUCGUCACCUACCACACUAA